AUGUCGUCGACAAAGACAAUGUUGCGCCUCGCCAGCAAGAGGCCCCUUGGAGCAGCUUCACAGGCCAAGGGAUGCGCUCAGCGCGCGACCCUUUCUCAAUCGACCAGGAGUUAUGCCGCCGACAGUCGGAAGGACAAGACCUCAUCAGACAUGAGAACAGCUGGGCCUGAUCUCCUCUCAGAGUUGCGAAAGGCCCCUCGUCCACCCAUGGGCAAGCUCUCAGCACCCAUCGUCAACGAUGCCGACAAAUAUGCAGACAAAGCUCUGCCCCUCCACCAAUACGGCCAAUACCUCAUGUCCUGCCUACCCAAAUAUAUCCAGCAAUUCUCAGUAUGGAAGGACGAGCUUUGCAUUUAUAUUUGUCCCACCGGCGUCAUCCCUGUGUUCACUUUUCUCAAAUACCACACCGCGGCAGAAUAUACCAUGGUUGCAGAUAUCACUGCGGUAGAUUUUCCCACCAAGAAUUAUCGAUUUGAAGUGGUGUACAACCUGCUCAGUGUGCGACACAACUCCAGAAUACGAGUCAAGACAUACGCGGAUGAGGCGACCCCUGUGCCCUCAAUUACCUCACUCUACGAUGGCGCAAACUGGUAUGAGAGGGAAGUGUAUGAUAUGUUUGGAGUAUUCUUCACCGGACACCCUGAUCUACGCCGGAUCAUGACCGACUACGGCUUUGAUGGCCAUCCGCUGCGCAAGGAUUUCCCCUUGACUGGGUACACCGAAAUCAGAUAUGAUGAGGAGAAGAAGCGAAUUGUGGUGGAGCCCCUGGAGAUGACACAAGCGUUCCGAAACUUUGAAGGUGGUACAAGUGCUUGGGAACAGGUUGGUGUUGGCUCGGACAGAAAACCAGCUGAGUUCAAACUGCCCACACCUAAACCUGAGGAGAAGAAGGAAGAGAAGAAAUAG